GCUGCGGAUCCAGCGACUGGACGGGAUAGGAGUUUCGCCGUGACUUCUUGUUUAGUUCCGGUGUUCAGCUGCCACGGUACCGCGAUAACUACCAUCGAAGGCAUUGGCAAUAAGAAAAUCGGAUAUCACAAGAUUCAAAGAGCACUUUAUUACUUCAACGGGACCCAGUGUGGCUAUUGCUCUCCAGCACAAGUUAUGAACAUGUACAGUCUACUGAAAUGUAACCCCGAGGUAAAAAUGGAAGAAAUCGAAAACUCAUUCGGCUCAAGCAUAUGUCGUUGCACUGGUUAUAGACCUAUUCUUGACGCUUUUAAAUCAUUUGCCAAGGACGCACCAAAAUGUCUAAAAGACAAACUUUCAGAUAUAGAGGAUCUAGGCAAACAAGAGGAAAUCGGUUGCAACAAAAGCAAUGACGACGAUGAUGAUUAUUCUCGUCUGUUCUUAGAAGCAAGUAUGAUAUCUAGAAAUCUUCAUUUGAAACUACGUUCUGGUGCAUCUUGGUACAGGGUUUCAAAAGUGGAAGAAGUUUUCCAGCUUUUCGAUAUGAUUGGGGAUGCUAAAUACCAACUAGUUGCAGGCAACACUGCAAAAUGUGUUUAUAAGAAACAUGAUUCUCCUGAUGCAUAUAUUGACAUAAAUGAUGUAAAAGAAUUGAAGAUAAGUUUUCUUUUCCCUGAUUACAUAGUUCUUGGUGGGAACAUUACUUUAGCAGACAUGAAAGCAUUUUUCCAUAAGAUAUAUUUGGAAAAUCCACUUUUUUAUGGUUAUACUAAAAGGCUGGCAGACCAUAUUGAUCUUGUCGCCAGUGUUCCCCUGCGAAAUAGAGCUACUCUUGCUGGUAACCUCAUGAUAAAACAUCAGAACAAAGACUUUCCAUCAGACUUAUUUGUCAUCUUAGAGACUUGUGGUGCCAAAAUAACAAUAAGAGAUAGCACAGGCUCAGAUCUUACCAUUACCCUGCUUGAGUUUUUAGCAACAAACAUGAACAAGAAAUUAAUAUUAAAUUUUAUUUUACCUGCAUUGAGUGAUCGCCACUAUAUCUACAGGUCUUUUAAGGUUAUGGCGAGAAGACAAAAUGUUCAUGCAACUGUAAAUGCUGGAUUCUUAUUCAGAAUGCAAUCGUCAAACAAAUAUAUUGUUGAAGAACAGCCAAAAAUUGUUUUUGGGCACAUAUCACCUAAUUUCACUCAUGCAUUUGAAACUGAAGCUUUUCUCACUGGAAAAUCUCUCCUUGAUUGUUCUGUAUUCAAUGAUGCAAAACACAGGCUAGUGAAAGAGGUUCAACCUUCUCCAGAACCAGCUGAUGAACCUUCGACAAACUACAGGAAACUAGUUGCCAUAGCUCUCUUUUACAGGUUCAUCCUAGAAGUUAACGGAACGAAUGCUUCUAAAACAUUCAGGAGUGGUGCUAUAAAUUUAAUUAGGCCUUUGUCAUCGGGAAAACAAGAUUUCCCAUCAAGCACUAAGGAACCACCAGUCCACCAGCCCAGGCUAAGACUAGAAGGUUUGGCACAAUGCUCAGGGGAAGCUGAAUAUCUAGAUGACAUUCCAUGCCUUCCUGGGUUGUUAUAUGGUGCUCUAGUUAUUACGGACAGAGCCCGAACUAAAAUCAUCUCAAUUGACACUUCUCCAGCUAUGAAAAUACCUGGUGUAGCAGCAUUUUUGUCAGCUAGAGAUAUCCCUGGAAUAAAUUCAUUUGCAGUAAUAGAUGACCUUUUAACAACAGAAGAAGAGGAACUUUUUUGUAGAGAGGAUGUAAAAUAUGCUGGACAGCCUAUAGGUAUUAUUGUUGCCAGAACUCAAGAAAUAGCUGUAAAAGCAGCCAAGUUGGUAAAAAUCAAAUAUUCAUCUAGAGUGAAGCCCCUCUUAACCAUUAAAGAUGUAUUAAACAGCGGGGAGAAGUCACGUAUCUCACUACAAGGACAUAUUGAACCAGUUAGCAAAGGAGAAAAUGUUACUCAUCAAAUAAGAGGGGAAUUUGAAAUGGGAUCACAAUUUCACUUCACCUUAGAACCCCAGGCAUGUUUUUGCAAUCCUAAAGAGGAUGGAUUGGAUGUGUAUUCCUCAACUCAAUGGAUGCACAACACUCAGUCAGCUAUAGCCAAAGUACUAGGUAUUAAAAUGAACAGGGUGAACCUAUAUGUAAAACAAAUAGGUGGAGCUUUUGGGGGAAAAUCAACAAGAAGUGCUAUGGUUGCGAGUGCUUGUUGUCUCGCAGCACAUAAAUUAAUGAGACCAGUCAAACUUAUUUUUGACCUUGAAACUUCAAUGAAAGCGAUUGGAAUGCGCUGUUUUUAUCUAGCAACAUAUGAGGUUGGUGUUGAUGAUAAUGGAAAAAUACAAUACUUAAAAGCAGUCCUUUAUGAAAAUAUGGGAUGUACUUAUAAUGAUAACACAUUUCAAUGGAUAAAUGAUGGAAUUAGGAACUGUUAUGAUGUAUCAACAUGGACAAUUGACUUUAUCUUUGUCAAAACAGAUUUGCCAUCAUCAACAUGGAUGAGAGCACCAGGUACACUUGAAGGAAUGGCUACAAUAGAACAUAUUAUGGAGCACAUCGCAGCAGUCUGUAAAAAGGAUCCAAUCACUGUAAGAAGGAUAAACUUUGAGCAGGACUCUCAUACUAUUGAAAAUAUUAUUCAAGAAGAAAUUGAAAUUUCUGAAUAUUAUAAAAGACUAGCUAAUAUCAAUCAUUAUAACACUGUUAACAGAUGGAAGAAAAGAGGGAUUUCUCUCAUGCCAAUGAAAUUUGGUAAAUUUUUUUUCUCGAAUUAUUAUUCAACUGUUUCGAUAUUUUACAAUGAUGGAACUGUAGCUAUCUCGACAGGUGGCAUUGAAAUGGGGCAAGGCCUUAAUACUAAAGUGGCACAAGUAUGCGCAUAUGCUCUCGGUAUUGAUGUAAGCAUGAUUAAAAUUAAACCCUGUUAUAAUCUCAUGUCACCAAAUAAUGAAACAACAGCUGGAAAUAUUGGAACGGAUGCUGUCUCUUAUGCAACCUUGAAAUGUUGUGAGGAAUUGAACAAACGUUUAAAACCAAUUAAAGAAAAAAUGAAAAAUCCAUCCUGGACUGAAUUGCUAAAAAGUGCCUACAAAGAAGGAAUAGAUUUGAAAGCAACUUACAUGUAUUCAACAUCUGAUCCAAUUCCAAAAGAUUAUUCCAAUUAUGGAGUUGCAAUUCUAGAAGUUGAAGUCGAUAUUUUAACUGGAGAGUGCCAGGUUCACAGAGCAGAUAUAAAAGAAGAUCUAGGCGAAAGUCUAAACCCUUUAUUAGACAUAGGACAAAUGGAAGGAGCAUUUACAAUGGGCUUAGGUUAUUUUUGUAGUGAAAGGAUUGCAUUUGAUGAAAACAAUGGAUCUCUAAAGACAAAUAGAACUUGGAAUUAUUGGCCACCUGGUCCAAAAGACAUUCCAAUUGACUUCAGAGUAACAAUUAAAAAGAACUCUACAAAUCCCACUGGUGUUUUACGUUCAAAAGCUACUGGAGAACCAUCUUUAUGUACUGCAUUCACCUUCGUGAAUGCCCUCCGGUUUGCCUUACAAUCUGCAAGAAAAGAUGCUGGCUUAACAGAUGAAUGGUUCACCUUUAAUCCUCCUUGUACAUUUGAAAAUAUUUGUUUAUCUGCAGCAUCUUCAGUUGAAAACUUCCAAAUUUGUAAAGAUGGUGAAGAAAGAGAUUGUGAGGAAAAUUAAAUAUGCAUGUAAAUAAUGUUACAAACACACAAACAUUUAUAAUAAAACUAUUAUCAUCCUUAUUUCUAUAGAAGGGUUAUGCUAUAAUAAUGCAUUAUUUUUUACAGUAACUUAGUUAAUAGAAGGAAACUGUAUCGAAGAAAUAAAAACAAUAUUCUCAAAUACCACGAGUAUCAACUAAGACUUGCUUUAGAUAUGUGUGUUGUAGUUUCUAUAGUUGUUAUUCCAUGAAUAUUGGACACUCAUUGACAUUUUAGUUUUUAAUGAAAAAUAAACAUUGUACUUAUAACAAACUAAUUGUUUUUACCUAAUACUAUGAAUACUGAUAUUAUAUUAUAUUGAGUACUGAUACAUCAUUAGAAUCAUCUGGUUGAAGGAAUGUUUUUAUGUGUUAAACAUUUGAUAUUUUUAUAAUGAUAUUGAAUCUUGUUCCAUGUCAUUUUUUCCAUAAUAAGGCACACUUCGGCAGUUAGAAGUAAACUAGUUUUGAUGCCAUCAAAUAUUCCACCAUACUCAUUAAAUAUUUGUAAAUAUAGUAGAACUUCUUUUUCACUUGGAAUGGGAAAAACCUCUGAAAAUCUCAAAAUGGUUUCAGGUUUGUAACUUUCCAGAGAAAAUAAACAAAUAACAAAGAUAAACAAUGUUAAAUAUACUACUAAAUUAACAAAUUCAAAAUGCAACAUUUUCUCAUGAAAAAUGACGAGAUGUAACAAUUUCUUAGGACCAUCAUUCUGGCAGUCCUUAUAGUAAUGAAGUAUGUUCAAUGAGGCCCUAAAUCUAAUAUAUGGUACAUAGGCGACUAUAAUUAUUAUCAAAGACAGAUAUUUAACACGUACUGCGUCUAAAAUAUUUACAGGGUACAUUAAUUUCCCAACAUCAAUCAUUCCAAAGUCUUGAGGUUCGUAUAGUUCCGAAACUCUUCUGAUAAAAAUAUGGCUCGUAAUAAACAUAAAUAUACCGUUUAUUAACAACCAGGCCACCAUUAUCAAAUGCCGCUUCUCUUUUCUAGGCUCCAUGUUGAUGACUAGUCUUAAACUGAUGGUGAACUUCUGGAACCAGGAGGUGGCGCACCUAGUGGACGAACCAUUGUAGCACAUUUCAAAUGUGACAUUUGUAAGGAGUGGUGAAUUUAGAUUUCCUAUUUAUAAUGUGAGUGCUACCAACACCUUAAAUGAAAUUAGCUUAUCAACUCGAA